UGUCAUCCCAAGUUGUCAUCCAUUAUUGUUUUAUUAUAAUUUUGUCGAAUUUUGUCUUUGCAUAUAUACAUUAAUUCAUAUUCUAUUCGGUACUUAAAAAUUAAAUAUUGAUAUCAUUUCUUUGCUCAUAACUGAGACAAGUGUGUUUUCGAAUCGUUCUAGUAAUAUUUAUUUUACGCUGUUAUGGAAAGUGAAACAGAGGGAACAGAUUUAAAUGAACUUAAAUCACCAAAAGAAGUUUUUGAUGAUAAUAAGGGACCUCGUUCGCCUUCGCCCGAGUCUAAUAAAUCUAUAAAAAGCCGCUCCGCCUCCCCCAAUGUUAAUGGUAAAUCGCUCAACAAUUCUCGAUCAAGAAGUCCAUCCGCAGGUAGUGUGACUAGUAAUCGCAGUAAUAAAUCAAAAUCCAGAAGCAGAUCAAGGUCCGGCAGUGCUGAAAAUCAUAAGGAAGAUGGCAAACGGUCUAGAUCAAGGUCAGGAUCAGCUCCUCUAGUAUCGGAUGGUUCAAGACACGGUUCGCGAUCCAGAUCUCCUAUAGGCUCGCAUCAAAGUAGAUCACGUUCUAAUUCUACUAAAAAAUCCAGAUCAAGGUCACGUUCAGGGUCAAGGAAAUCGAGAUCAGGAUCAAGGAGAUCAAGGUCAGGAUCGAGAAAGUCUAGGUCAGGAUCUAGGAAAUCUAGAUCAGGAUCAAGGAAAUCUAGAUCAGGAUCAAGGAAAUCUAGGUCAGGAUCUAGGUCAGGUUCUUUAGGGUCACAGUCAAGAAAGUCAAGAUCGAGAUCUAAAUCGGAGAUUAGAUCUCGUUCUGGCUCCAGAAAAUCAAGGUCUGGAUCGAGAAAAUCGCGAUCAGGUUCCCGAGGAUCACAGUCUGGUUCAGCAAGGUCCCAUUCAGGAUCACACAGAUCUAGAUCAAGAUCUGGUUCAAUAAAAUCUAGAUCAAGAUCUGGUUCAAUAAAAUCUAGAUCAAGAUCAAGGUCGGGUUCUAGGAAAUCUCGAUCAGGUUCUCGAAGAUCACGUUCAGCAUCUCAACGGUCACGAUCGGGUUCUGUACGGUCAAGGUCAGGUUCAAGAAGAUCAGGAUCUGGUUCAAGGAGAUCAAGAUCAGGUUCAAGGAGAUCAAGAUCUGGUUCUGCAAGAUCUCGUUCGGGUUCCAAGAGAUCACGAUCAGGUUCUGCAAAGUCAAGAUCAGGUUCCAGGAGAUCAAGAUCGGGUUCCAAUAGAUCAAGAUCAGGAUCCAAGAGAUCAAGAUCGGGUUCCAAUAGAUCAAGAUCAGGGUCCAGAAGAUCAAGAUCAGGUUCUGCCAGAUCGAGAUCGGGUUCGAGGAAAUCAAGGUCGGGUUCUCGAUCAAGGUCUGGUUCAAGAAAGUCAAGAUCCAGAUCAGGUACCAGACGAUCCAGAUCAGGUACCAGACGAUCCAGAUCAGGUUCCAGACGAUCCAGAUCAGGUUCGAGACGAUCCAGAUCAGGAUCAGCAAAAUCCAGGUCUGGAUCUAGAAAGUCCCGAUCAAGAUCCAAAUCUGGUUCACCAAGAUCAAGGUCACGUUCUGGUUCAAAAUCUGGUGAAGAACUAGAAAUUGGAAAAAGUAGGAAAAGAGCUUUAGAUUCAGAUUCUGAAGAUGAAGGGCAACGAAAUACUAAGUCUCAGAAAGUUCUUGACAGUGAUAAUGAAGAGGAACAACCAGGCCCUUCACAAGAACAAGAAACCGAAGAAAACGAAAGUGAGGUUGUCCAACAACAGCCUCCAGAUGAUUAUGACUCAGAUGAAGGUAUAGAUAGAAGUAGACCAGAAAACAGUGAGGGGCUCUCUGAUUUUGAACUAAUGUUACAAAAAAAGAAAGAAGAGCAGUCCAAAAGAAGGAAGAGGAAAGAUAUUGAUAUAAUUAAUGAUAAUGAUGAUAUUAUUGCUCAGUUACUUUCUGAUAUGAGGCACGCAGCAGAGGAAGAUCGAAGACUAAAUCAAGAACACAAACCAGCAACAAAGAAAAUAGCCAUGUUAUUAAAAGUAAUGUCGCAGUUAAAGAAGCAUGAUUUACAACUGGCUUUUAUUGAACAUAAUGUGUUAAAUGUAUUAACUGAUUGGUUAGCUCCGAUGCCAGAUAGGUCUAUGCCCUCUUUACAAGUCAGAGAAAGUAUUUUAAAAUUAUUGUCAGAUUUUCCAAGAGUUGACCAACAAACUUUAAAACAUUCUGGGAUUGGGAAAGCUGUUAUGUAUUUAUAUAAACAUCCAAAAGAAACAAAAGAGAAUAAAGAACGCGCUGGACGAUUAAUAAGUGAAUGGGCUAGACCAAUUUUUAAUUUAUCCACAGAUUUUAAAGCACUAAGCAAGGAAGAAAGAUUGCAGAGAGACAUUGAACAAAUGGGAUCUAAAAGGAGGAAAUCUGAUGAACAGACUGAAAAGGAUAGAAAAGAAUUAUCACAGGCGCUAAAUGCAGAUGGAAAACCUCUUCGACCAGGUGACAAAGGAUGGAUAGCCAGAGCAAGAGUGCCUAUACCAUCAAAUAAAGAUUAUUUAGUGAGACCCAAGUGGACUUCCGAAACAGAUAUUAGUCGUACAACCAAGAAAGGCUUGAAUAGAUUUGAAAAACAUUAUAAGAACUUUUUAGACAGCAAAAGAUUAAAGCAAACAAGAAGAGCAGUAGAAAUAUCCAUAGAAGGAAGAAAUAUGGCUUUGUAAAUAUUCUGGAAUAGAUUACUAAGUAAUAUAAUUAAGAUAUUUUUAUCUUAUCUAAUAAGGGGCCUGCAUCAUAUAUAUGAAUUUUUAAAGUUUGGACUUAAUUUUCAUAUUUCUUUCAAAGGAAUCUAUAAGUGUGGACUUAAAUCUGACUGAUUUAAUAAUUAUUGAAUAUUAAUUGCUGUAUUAAGGCUCUGUAAUAUUGAGAAAAAAGAGUUAUGGUGGUAUUUUAUGUACAUCCUUGAUUAAAAUGUUGUAGUAGAAUGUUAUAUUGUAGUAGUUUCGUUAAAUAUAACUGAUAUCGAUGUAUAACUCAUACAAAUCCGGAUAAAAUAAUUGUAUAUAUAAAAUAAUAAAUAUUUUAAAAAAA